AUGAGAGUCGAAAUUAUUUUAUUCGUUUUACUUUCCAUCGAUCAAAGUCUCGCCUCCGAAUGGACUUGUACAACUCAUAAAAACUCUCUCAAUCGAAUUCUUCUACCGAAUGAUCGAAUUCCCGAACAGUGUACAAUUACAGUUGAAUAUCAAAACCAUCAACAAGAAAAACAAGUUUGUAUUGCACACACGCUGAUAAUCACAAGUUUGCCACCGCCAUCCUUAUCAUCAAACUAUACAAUGCAAACAUUCAAACUCAAUUCAUGUCAACUGUCUACCCUUGCUCAAUUACCAUUCUCAUUACCGUCAUCAGUUGAAAGACUUGAUCUAAGUUCUAAUUCGUUAUCGACAUUUCUUCUAGCAUUUCCAUUACCGUCAAAUCUGAAAUAUCUUGAUCUUGAUAAUAAUCCAGAUUUGAUUGAGAUUAAUUUCGGUAAUCAUCGUGUUCAACAACAUCUUAUCGGCCUUAGUCUACGACACAAUAAACGAAUUCAACUUUCGUCUUUACCGCCUCAUUUAACUUAUCUUGAUCUAACCGAUUGUGACAUCUUACAAUCGUCGAUUUUACCAUUGCUGAUCUCAUUGACUAAAUUGACUCAUUUAUCAUUAGCAAACAAUCAACUUGAAAGUUUACCUUUAAUUAUUAAUGAAAAUAUUCAACUUGAGUAUCUCAAUGUAUCCAACAAUCGCUUGACGUUUAUCGAAGACCGAUGGUUGCAUCAACAAUUGCGCGUACUCGAUCUCAGGUCUAAUCAGAUUCAAUCACUUGAAUUUCUUCAAAAUAAAUUCAAAAUCACGCCAACGCUCAAUCAAACAUCAAUAUAUACUGAUGAAAAUCAAGUAAGAGUAAUCAGAUUUCUUUUUUUUUUUGACUUAUGAAACCGACUAGGAAAACGUACAUGCUGACUUCUUUCCAUCUAAGUGCUAUCAAAUGAUGUAAUUUGAUCUGAAAAUAUAUGAAGUACAUUUGCAUACAGGAAGUUCGGACGUCCUCUGGGUGUAAAUACAAUUUCUUGCUAGACGCGAACCACUGUGCACUAAUGACAGAGGACGCAAAAAAGAAACUUUCGUUAAUUCAAUGAAAACAACUUGUUUUGUAGGUCUCGACAAAUCAUACACUUGAACUUUUUCUAUCGGGCAAC